AUGCUCAGCGAGGGGCGUGUGCUGAAGCGCACUCAUAGCGACCGGGGGAUCUUGGAGGUGGACGAUGGGAGAUUCAUCAAGAAAGUGCCCCAGACCAGCGUGGCCCCCACAUACAAGCUGACACUGCCGUCCGAGUUCGUGAGCGCCAACCUGGCGCACCUCAUCGACCAGUCCUUCGAUCUGACAGACAAGGAUGGCAAGGAUGUGUGGAGGGAACAAGAACAAGUACGAGUACACGCUGCAGGGGUGGAAAGCCUUUGCCCUGUCGCACAGCGUGCAGACCGGGGACCGGCUGCAGAUCGAGCUGUUGCCGGGAUGGAUAGCCGCCGCAUACGCGCGGACAUUGUCAAGCGCGCGGCGCUGAAAGAGCGCGUCGCGUCCGACCCCGGCCCCGAGUCCCCCGCCCUCCCGGACAUGGCCAGCACCGCCAAGCGCCAGAACAACUCAGGAGAGCCGGCCACGUCAUCAUCGGACGCGGAGCAGCCGCGCGAGCAGCGGCCGGGCAGCGGCGCGUCCUGGAGCUCUGGUGCGGAGCCGCGCGCGCAGCCGCCGGCGGCCAAACGGCGGCCGGACGCCACGGCCGCACCACGCGCCGCGAUCGCGCACCAUGUGAAGUUCGAGGGGCUUCAGGCGCUGUCCGGCGCACUUGCGCAGCAGCUGCAGGCAAAUGCAACUUCAGCGCGGGCCGGCCAGCCGGUAGACGCCGCGGCGAGGGGUCCCGGCCUCGUGGCUGGCGCGUUCAGCGCAUUUGCCGAGGUAAACCGGCUUGCGGAGGCGGCCAAGGAGGGCGAUCACAGCGGCAGCCGUCGGCCGCAGCGCAGCACCGCUCUGCGCGCGCAGGAAGGGUCGGAGGACGAGCAGGACAACAUGCAGCCCUACACACCCACCUACUCGCGCAAAUCCAAGGGCCUGGGCGUUGUAUCUCCGCACCACCCGAAGCGGCAGAGGUCGUCGCUGGUGAAUGGGUUGGCGGGCCACACCGCUCAGGCGGAUCAGUGGUCUGGAGGAGCCAGGGAGAUCGACUCGGGCUGCAUCAGUGGCAUGGCUCUCCUCUCCUCCGCCGCUGAGCUGGACGCUGGAGCACACCUGUCCUAUUCAGACGAGCCUCCUAAAGACAACGCCGCCAGACAGGCGCCCGCUAUUGACCAGGCACAGGGAAACAACAUUACGCCGCCGGCCGACGCCGGGACCGGCAGUCCAGUAACUAAGCUGCUGGCGGCGGCCGAGGAGGUUUUGGACGCUCAGACAUCACGGGGCUUUAUAGACGUGUCGGCGCUGCUGAAAAUCGCAGCGCGGCUGGUCGCGCCCGCGCUUCUGGCCGAUGUCGGCAGCGGCGCGGCGGCCGAGCUAAAUGCACUGCAUGCGGAGCUAAAGGAGCACACCAACUCGGUGCUGGACGCCAUGUGGCACAUGCGGCACCUGCCCAAGACCUGGCAGGGCAAGAAAUAA